UUAUAUAGCUCAGUGAUUACAACCCAAACAAUCGCAAAAAGCACGAGAUUAAAACAUUUUAGCUGAGGAGGUGUGAAAACGUCUGUCGGCGAUGCUGCAGCCAGACUUGCUGCAGUUUACGGCGGCUGGAGGAGGAGGAGGAGGAGGAGGAGGUCGAGCUCAUCACAGCAGCGAAGAAGAUGGUUUCAGUGAAGCGACGGAGGAGCAGCAGGAGGAGAGGAGCGGCCAGGCCGAGCAGAGAAACCCGUUCACGUUCUGCCCGCAGCUCCUCCGUCUGCACAGAGACCAUGAGCUGUUUGAGGAUGGAGACGUCCUCAGACACAUGUAUCUGCAGGACCUGCUCAUCUCAGAGGCAGAGGAGCGGCCAGCGCCCAGAGUGUCAGAGUUUGCCUGUCACAUCUCCGGCUGCAGAGCCGUCUUCAGCACGCUGGACGAGUAUGAGCACCACUACAACUCCCUGCACAGACACGUGUGCUGCUCCUGCCGCCGCUCCCUGCCGAGCGCCCGGCUCCUUGACAUUCACAUUCAGGAGUGGCACGACUCCCUCUUCACCAUCCUCGCCCAAAAACAGGACAUGUAUCUGUGCCUCGUGGAGGGCUGUGGACAGAAGUUCAGGACAAGUCAGCAACGGAAGGACCACCUGAUAAGAGUUCACAAGUAUCCGCCGGACUUCAGAUUUGACAAAAGCAGAAAGGAGAAAGGAACCAGAGACGCGAGGAGUGAACAGAAGGCAGACGCGACCAUGGAGGCAGCAGGCGACGUUUGCAGGUCUGAGGGUGCGUGCCGGGUUAUGUGUAGCGUCGAGCCCGAGCAGCUGGAGGAGGAGGAGGAGUCCAUGGAGACGCACGUCAGCAGCGAGGAAGCUGCUCGGAUCGAGGACGUUUCUGCUUCACCUCAGACCUCAGAAACAAACUCAGGAGCACUGAAACCAAAAUACUCCUACAGGGUGCCUAAAACGGUGUGCUUCGGCCACGGCUCGGUCCGAGGCUUCAGAGGACACAGAGGCAAAAGGAAAUGAAGCGCAGCAUCCGAGCUCUCUGCUUUCUGCCUUUUUUAGGGUUAAAAUGUGUUGCACUUUCAUACGUUACGUGUUUAGCGUCAGCAAUUCAGUUCAAACAAAAGGUUCUGGUUCAGGUCAAAAGAUGCGGGUGAAGCUCAGCACUCUUGAGUUCAGAAUAAAAUGGUAAAAAAAUUAGAGGAACAUUUGAUUUGUUUUGCAAUGCACUUUAAUAAAAAUAAUCUUUUCUUUCUUAGAAUAUAAAAUACACUGUACAUUAAAGACUGCAGUGAGUUUGGUGGAUGCAAAAGAACAGAAUAGUUUUAUUUACAUUUUGUAGCAAAUUAAAAUGGGGGUUCUUAAGUCAAUGUUUUUUUUUUUAAAAGAAAUAAAACAGGAGGAUAAAUGGUUUCAUUUUUGUCACUGAACCAGAAAGUAAUGAACUACAGGUUUACCUCAAAACAUCUUGUAUCUCGCAGUUGUGAGAGAUGGCAGAAGAAGAAGAAAAGCAACCUAACAAAAGUAUUUAAAGCUACCAGACCAUGAAAUCAAUCAAACCCACUUUAGAUAUUUUUUAGAUACAGAAGGCAUGUCCUGCGUGUUUCAUUUACUUUAGCUAUUUUGUUCUAAAUCAUUAUCAUCAGCGAUUUCUUCAUGAAGGAAAGGACACACCCCCUGGAUCGGAUCUUCACGUACAGCCGAGCCUAAAAUUCUCAAUAACCCUGGCAGACACGUUUCUUCUGACUGAAAAUAAUAUCAACGUUUAAUAUUAACUUGAACCUGAGAGAGAAGCUGGGAAGGGAGCUAAAUAUUAGGGCGACGAUAAUGAGCCCUUCCAUACUCAAAGAGCUCGUUAGAUAAAUAAUUAAGAUAUCGGUGGUUAAUAUCCAAGAAGCUGGUCAGCAGUUUAAAGGGACUGGUUGCUGUGAUGCUAAUAAAGAUUCCUCCACUAAGUACUGAAGAGGUUAUAAAUCAUUUUCAACAGGCCAUGUCUUUAAUAAAGUUGAUUCCUUAAUGGAUGCUCCUUUCAUGUGGUUUUGUCAUCUUUUGAGCGAUGCCUUUCCCGUCUCCAACCAGCAGCUGACUUUUUGGGUUAUGAAUAAUUUUGGACCCUACUAGAACUUUUUAAAAUGUCAGAAAAUUUAAAAAACAGUAGGUCCUCUGGAUGGGUUCUUCUUAGCUGAAAAGUUUUGUCUCUUCUCCAAGAGACUUCUUCAGUCUGAAGAGUUACUGAUUACUGAGAUGCAUCCAUACGUCACAAAAAGCCAAUUUAACUAUUGGAGGAUUUAAUGGCUUUUUAUUAAAGAAUUGGUUCUGUUCAUGUUCAUUUUCAGGGUGUUUGUCAUAAUAAAAGUCAAUAUGAGCUGUUAUGGCCUUCACUUCGUACUUAGGUUUAAAAAGAUGUCAUUGUUGACUAAUGAAGCACUUACUGUUUAUUUUGCUGUUAACUUUUCUAAUUAAUUUUAAAGUAAUAUUUUAACAGCUAUAGAAAUUUUCAUUUUUAGCCUACUUGUAGAUUUUGUUUUCUUUUUCUUUUAAAAUUAAACUUUAGGAGAGAGUAUUUUUGGAAUAAAUAUGUAGGUUAUAUGUAUCGGUCGUGCUAUUUAAUAGUGGACCAUAAAGGACAAGUACACGAUGGAACAAAUACAUCUACCAAUAGGGACACCAUUUUAGGGUUAUUUUCAUGUAAUUUGUUAAUAACAAGGCACAGAAAAGCAAAGAUCUU